AUGGCUCUUUACCUUUGUCUCCCUCUGCUGGUGAUGCUUUUGCAGCCUGUUCAGUGCCUCUAUAACUGCUCCUCUGAAUAUCAAAGGACCCCAGAAAACUCAGACCUAAUGGUUCAAUGUGGUACCAGCAUGAUUACCCUGGACAUCAACCUAUGCACAGUUCAGUGGGCUGGCUUCAAUGCCACAGAGCUAGCACUGAAUGGGCAGUAUAGUAAUACAGCAUGCCAGGGCUCUGUAGACACCAGUGUGAACCCUCCGGUCAUCCAUUUCCAGCUUCCUGUCAACCAGAGUCAGGAUAACUCCUGUCGCCAGUCUCUGCAGAUUGUAGAUGAAAAGCCAGACCCCACAGGUCCCUUCAGCAACUUCUUGAGUAUCCAGGCAGUUAUUGUUACAGGAUACAUUGACACACCUAGAUCUGACCAGGGGCUGAUCAGCUACUCCACAGAUCUCUAUUACCACUUCUCCUGCCGAUAUCCACUGGAAUACCUUUUGAACAAUACACAGAUUACAGCCUCCUCAGUCUCUGUGGCAACCAGCAACAAUAAUGGGACCUUCAUCGAUUCACUCAAAAUGAGUGUUUUUAACGACUCUAACUAUAACUAUCCGUUAGUGGUGCCUCCAACAGGACUUGAGCUGCGAACCAAGAUAUAUGUGGAGGUCAAGGCUGAUAAUCUGACACAAAAUUUCAAUUUACUCUUGGAUCGUUGUUUUGCUACUCCUACUCCUUACAAUAUGCCACAGAGCGUGCAGUAUGACUUCUUCACUGGCUGCUAUAUAGGUAACAGGACGACUGUGACGAGCAAUGGCGUCUCCAAGGUUGCCCGGUUUAACUUUGAGGCCUUCCGCUUUGUUCAGGACCGUGACCAGGCAAAGUCCAGCAUCUAUGUGCACUGCAUGCUGAGACUCUGUGAGCCGAGCAAAUGUCAACAAAUUCAGAAUUGUGCUAAUAACAGAAGAAAAAGGUCUUUGGUUCCUUUUGGUAAAGAAAGCAGCGAAUCAACUACCAUUUCAGUCGGACCUCUUUACACGGCUAAAGACUCUCCCAAUGCAGAAGACAGUAAUACCGUGACUUCAGGCAGCGAUGGCCAUAACAUGACAGGCCUGACUGUGCGCCUGCUGUCCUGCUGGGUCUUGGUGGCUGGUUUGUUCUGA